AUGGAGGCUGUCCCUCGCCGCCGGCCGCUGGCCAGCCGGUCGCCCAACGGAUCCUACCUCACGGUGCAGCAGCCGCAGCCGCCGCCUCCGGGCCUCCCGCCGAGUGCUCGCCCGGGCGUCCUCCGGCCCUGCCGAUCGGCGGCCCAGCUGCGUGCCAACGGCGCUCGCCAGGAACAACGACCCGAACCCUUGAACUCUACUCGCGGUGGGCACGCCGAAGUUGGCUUUCCGAUCGACGACCUUCCUCCGCCGUACUCGCCCUAUGCUCCGGCCUCGCACAGCACCACCGGCGGCAAUGGCGGCGGCGGCGGCGAACUGCGUCGCGUGCAGAGCUCCUCGGCCCUCUCGCAGGCCGCCCGCGACGCGCCUUCACCCAACGCCUCGUUCCUGUGCGCCGCGCCGUCAUCGCCAUCUUCAUCUACCGCAUCACAGGCGUCAAAGCCGUCGAGAUGGAAAGCCGCCUUCACCGAGGCCCAGUACGUCGCCGGCGGGCUCGUCAGCCGACCCGCCGAGUCGACGCGCCACUACAGCAUCAUCCGCCACUCCCACGCCCUGGUCUGGUACCGCGGCCCCUCCACCUCCGUCUCCGUCACCAUCCUCGCGGACGAGCCCCUCCCGCCCGGCCGCAAGCUCUGGCUCCAGGAAAAGGGUUACUCUGGCGGCCUCGGCAUGACGGUCAAGGCCUUCAUGGGCUCCACGGGCAGCUGGCUCGACGUGACGCCAGCGCGCGAGGCCCGCCCGGAGCAUAUCCCCGAGGUGGACGAGCGCGGCAUCCAGCGCGACCUGCGGCGCUUCGCGAAGCGCGCCUCGGGACGGCUCAAGGCGCAUGUGGCGCGGGAGACGCAUGUGGUGCGCAUACCCGCGACGGCGACGGACGGGUACUUUCGCCUCGUGCUGUGCGCCGGCGAGAAGGAAAAGGACAAGGACUCCAAGAAGGUGCUGUGCGGCAGCCCCGUGUUUCGCAUCGCCAGCACAUCGACGGACGUGGCCAUCGUGCGCGGCGCGAGCCUCAGCACCAUGCCGCUCGAGCUCGGCGUCAAGGUCGCGAGCACCAUCGGUCAGCAGGUGGCCAAGAAGUACACGGGCGUCGCGGGCGCCGUCGUGCAGAACCGCGCCGCCAAGGUGGCUCACUACGCGGCGGCCAAGACGGCCGGCAAGACCGUCCUCGAGACGUAUCACAAGGUCGGGCUGGCGGACUCGGUCAACGAUAGCUGGCAGCGGAGCAGGCAGGGGCAGUACGGCCAGCAUCUGCUGGAGCCGACCAUCACGGUCAUCGGAUCCGACGCUGGGCCCUCUCCCCCGUUUCCCUUGAAGUUCGACGGCAAGGUCGCCGCCGCGAGCGGGCGGUCCGUGGUAGAGCUGGGCUACCCGACCGCGAACCUCAAGGACGUGUCCGACGCCAUCAAGACGCGCCUCGGCGGCGUGUUCGCGGCGUGGGUCAUGAUCGUCCCGGCAAAGGGACUCGAAGACGUCGACAGCGACUGGCACGAAGCCGUCGUCACCAUCGCCCCUCCGCGCGACGCGCCCCCAAGCGUCGCCAUGCGAAACAGCGUCGCGGUGCACAUCGCAUUCGACUUUGACGGGGUGACUUUUUACGACGCCAGGCUCAAGGUCCUACUCAUGGGCUACCUCCACGCCGCGUCGCUGUCAAGCAACACUGGCGAGCUGGCCGACGAGCACGCCCAGGACGUCAUGACGACCCUCGCGAGCCUCGGGCGGGACAACUGGCAGCCCCACGACACGGUCACGCAGAUGCGGUCGAUCCGCAGCGAGAGGAGCUUCUCCGACAGGCUGACCGAGGCGACGGGCAAGGUGCAGGAGCAGGUUGACCGGAUACCGCUGCACUGGGCGGGCGUGCGGUCCGACUCGGGGACCGCGCGGGACCAGAUGUACGGCAACGGGGGCAUUUGGAUUGCGAGAUAG